UGCGUGUAGUAACAGUGAACUUGUAGAUUACGGUGCCUAACGGAGUUUUCCUAACAUUUGAACGUCUAAAAUAGAAACGUCGGAAAAAUUUUAGUAUGGCUCGUUCUAAAAGAUCAAAGAAGCGAGGUAAACGUGAAGUUGAAAGUGAGGAAGUUUAUGAUGAGCCGAAUCCCGAAGGAGAUGAUUAUUUUCUUGAUGAUAUUGAUAAAUUUCAUGCUGAGAGGGAGAAGAUUCUUUUAGAUGAUACUGUCAAGGACAAGGAAGAUCUUGAUGAUGAUAAUCAACAGGAUGAAGAGAUGAUGGCCUUGGAUAUUGGUGAUUCUGAUGAUGAGAGUAAUGACAACAAUGAUGAUGAUGAUGAUGAUGAUGAUGAUGAUGAUGAUGAAAGUGAUAUUGAUACAGAUGACUUGGAGGAUGACGAAGUUGAUGAGGAAGAUGAAGAAGAAAGUGGAAAGGAAGAAGAACUGGGAAAAGGCAUGCCAAGUCAAAAGUCCUGGGGUAGAAAGAAAUCAGCUUUCUAUGACGCUGAUAUUGUUGAAGAAUAUUCAGGAUCUGAUGAGGAGAUGGAUGAGCUGGCAAAAGAAGAGGAAGAAGAGGCUCUGGCCCUACAGAGACAAAUGGCUGCUUCUUUACAAGAACAAGAUUUUGAUGCUGAAAACUUUGAGCUUCCACAAACACCUCACCAGAAAGUGAAAGAAGUAGAACUGAAUGAGGAGAGGGUUGUUCAAGACCUUACAAAGUUGUCAAAGACUGAAAAGAUUCAGAUUUUGAUCAAAGAUUCUCCAGAACUUCUGGGUCUCUUGGAUGAAUUCAAAGUAAAGCUGAAAGAAGUCAUAGAAAAAGUGUAUCCUCUUGUGAAGAUGGCAAGAGCAGGUCAAGUCCCAAAAGAGGGUGCAGACUAUCUUGAACUAAAACAUCAGCUUUACCUCAAUUAUUGUGUCAACAUUGGGUUUUACUUGCUGCUGAAAGCCAGACAAACUUCUGUAAGGGAUCAUCCGGUGAUUGAACGACUUGUCCAGUACAGAAAGCUCAUCACAGAACUUGAACCACUCGAUGAGAGGUUGAAGCCGGAAAUAGAGGAGCUACUUACAAAGAGCCAAAUCCUAUGUCAAAAUGACACUCAAGAGAAGAUUGAUAGCGAAGCAGACAGUAGUCAGGAACAAUCCAAAACAUCUCAAAAGUCUGUGAAGUUGUCAAGUCUUCUUGAUGAUAGCGAUGACAAUUACAGCGAAGCAGGGGACAGUAAAAGUGAAAACAAAAAGAGGAAAAAAUCGGAGAAAGAUAACGAAGGAAAAUCGAAUAAACUUGCAAAGGACAUUAAAGGAAAAAGGAAGAUGAAGGAUGAUGUUGAUGAGACAGACCCGUUAGAAUACUAUGAAGCAGUCAAACUACAGAAGAAAAUGAAAAAAGAAGCUAAAAAGGCAGCCUAUAGUUUCACCUCAGAACAGCAUGAUGCUGAAGAGGAAGAGAACGAGGACGGAAAAAGAGGAAUUACUUACGAGAUUUCUCAAAAUAAGGGACUUACAGCUAAGAAGAAAAAGGAACUUCGUAAUCCGCGUGUGAAACACAGAAGAAAAUUCUAUAAGGCUCAGAUAAAGCGCAAGAGUCAGGUCCUACCGGUUGUAAACGAGCAGAACCGGUAUGGUGGCGAGGUGACGGGAAUCAGGUCACACCUGACCAGGAGUAUCAAAAUCAAAUGAAAAAUUAUGGGUUAUUUUAAUUCCUCAAUACACUUUCUCCUUACGUAGUUAAUGGUUUUAACCCAGGAGUAAAGGAAGAUCAGAUCAAACAUCAAGCUUUCCACCCAGAGUAGAACAUUUCGCUUGUAGAAAGCUUUUGUUUGCCGUUAAUUUGAAUCCUACUUUGUCUGAAGUUAUAUUUCAAUUGAAAUAACAGAUUUUAAAAGAGAAGCCAUUAUUAUUGUCAAAAGGGAGUGUAUAUUUAUUUUUAUUUCUCCCAUCUGUACACCUGUGCUCUGUACUUGAUGUGAAAGCAGCAGGGAAUGAUCACUUCUGAACACUUCUUAAGUAAAGUAAGCUUGUUUAACCAACUGGUGGUGACACCCCAAAAUAUGUAUAAAAGACUCAGAAAGAUGAGCACGCCGUAAGUUCACUCUUGGUACAGUUCGCGCUACGUAGCACAAGGAAAUACAUAAACUGGCUGACA